GCCCCAAGAUGGCCCCAAAAACAUCCCGAAGUGGAUCUCGAAGCACCCGGAGUUCCAACGGUUCCUGGAGGCCGCCAUUGCAGAUAUGUCCACGGAGCUAGGUCCCUGGGAGCGCCUUGAGCAGCUCAAGGGGUUGAUGUUCGCCUCGGCCGCGCACGUGCGCGAGUUUGUCAAGCACGAGGUUGCCAACACACUCGAGCUUAAGCAGUAUUGGGCCUUGCAGGCGUCAGCGCACAUCGACAGGACUUUCGCCUACGCCGACGAUUUCUGCUUUGGUCUCAGAGACGUUUUCCGCUCCCUGGGCCCCCUCCUCGCCCUGCUGACUCGGCUCGAAAAGAUUGCGGGACUCAGGCUUAACUUCAAAAAGUGUCAGAUCCUGGUCGUGGGCUCCCUUGAUGUGAACCUCCUGAGGGACUCGGUUCGGUUGCUUGUGGGUGAGUUCAAAAAGAUCCAGGUCUUAGAGGUUGUCAAAUACUUAGGUAUCUAUAUCGGCCGUGGUGCCGAGAUGGUUGCGUGGUGCGAG